CGUUCAACGUCAUCACUUUGUUUCCCUUAGUACCAGAUCUCACUUCUAUCUCAACAGCAAUAACUGUCUUCCGACGUCUUCGUGGCCAUGUGGUUGUUGCUGCUCACAUCCAAUCUGUGAGCGUCAUUCGGAGUACUCGGAGUGAACCGAGGAUAACGCGGGGUGACUGUGCGUCCUCUCACUCGUUGAACGCCAGUUAGCCUUCCUCGUUGCCGUAUCGCGUGCUUGGCUCAGCAGCCAUCUUGCGCUUUUCAUCAUGGCUUCACAAUAUCGCCACUUCCUGCAGACCCCCAUAGGACCGUUGUACGAAGCGCAAUGAGUGCACUGCCAAGCCCAAAAGACAGCGAAGACGACUACAAGUAUGCUGCGAGCGACCAGCCCUCUGAGUCUGGUGCUGCUCACGCUGAUAAACCCGGCGGUAAUAAGCUUGAAGGAUCUUUGAAUGUCGCACGUGGGGCUAUCCGGGUACCUUCCCCAGACCCAUCACUUCUCUCAAUAGACGACAGCAACAAUAUACGAUAUGGUCGUAAUCCUGAUUACUUUCCUGAUCAAAAUGGUCCUAGAUAUGCUUCGACAUCUCCAGCACCACCUCCACGAACCGCAAAAGGAAGAAUGUGGGCAAUAUGGUACAAGAACAAGGGCCUCUUCUUGGUCUUGAUAUCACAAUUCUUCGGCACGAUGAUGAAUAUCACCACAAGAUUACUUGAAAUGGAGGGCAAUAAUGGCAAAGGGUACCAUCCAUUCCACAUACUCUUCGCUCGUAUGGGAAUUACUGUUCUGUGUGCGUCGACAUAUAUGUGGUACAAAAAGACGGAAUAUUUUCCUUUCGGCAUGAGGGAGGUUCGACCUCUACUCGUCGCUCGAGGACUGUUUGGUUUCUUUGGCGUCUUUGGCAUGUACUAUUCACUGCUCUACCUGCCACUUGCCGACGCUACUGUCAUAACGUUUCUGGCACCCAGUCUCGCAUGCUGGGCUUGCUCGUAUCUGAUUGAUGAGCCGUUCACUCGCAUGGAGCAGAUCGCAGCUUAUGUUUCGCUGUUCGGUGUCGUCCUAAUAGCGAGACCGGUCUCGCUCUUCGCGUUUCUGUCACACUCCGAUGAGGCUGUCCCAUCCUUGAUUGGCGAUCCAGACGUUACUGCUUCGAUCAAUAGCACAGCAGAUCCGCAUCGUUUGGCGGCCGAGUUCGACGCUGUUACACCUGCGCAACGCGCGUCAGCCGUUGGUGUUGCUUUGGUAGGAGUCUUGGGUGCUGCAGGCGCCUAUACUACGAUCCGGUGGAUUGGCAAGCGCGCGCAUCCACUCAUAUCCGUGAACUAUUUCGCUACAUGGUGCACGAUUGUGAGUAUUGUCAUGAUGGUUGCUUUGCCUGGAGUGGGGGUUUUAUUCCCCCGAUCACUCAAAGACUGGUGCUAUCUGACAUUCCUCGGCAUCUGCGGUUUCGUAAUGCAAUUCCUUCUCGCGGCUGGGCUGCAAUAUGAGAAGACAUCGAGGGCAACAAACAUGGUUUACAGUCAAAUGUUGUUUGCACUCAGCUUCGAUAAACUCAUAUGGGGUACCACACCAGGAGCGCUGUCCAUCGUCGGCUCAUCGUUGAUUCUGGGAUCAGCAAUUUAUGUUGCUAUGCAUAAGGAGGCUCCAAAGAAGGAUAGAGACAACAGAGGACGCGGAGACCAAGAUGAAGCACUAGGGCUGAUGGCAACAGAUCCAGAUACAGAUCGGAAUGGCGAGGGACAAGGCAUUCCAUUGACCUCUGUACGUGGGUGAUGCAUUAAGUUAGUGCCUUGUAGACGAACUCACGCAUUUGUAAUGGUUAGGCUGGAGUCAUGCACAUAGAUUAGAUCGACCUGAUUAUUCGUCAUCAAUCAUUCUUGGAUAUCGC